UACGGGUCUCUCUCCGGAGCCGAGCAGAGGCGGGAAAUGGCGCCGGGCAGCAGCGCUGUGUUCAGGGCCGGCCGUUGAAGCAGCAGCAGCAGCAGCAUGAGCACCGCGGGCCACAUUAACCCUUACAUGUGACUGCUAAAACGAUGAAGCUGAGAAUGCGUAAGGCGUCUCAGCAACCAAACCCCACUGUGGCGAGCCGCUCAUCCCGAAGUAAGAGGAAGCAUUCAGAAGUAGAAGAUGAUCCACCCACCAGUGGAGGGAGAGGAUUGUUCUCCACCAUCAAGAAGUUCAUAAGAGGAAAUACUGUUAAGUUACAACAGGAAACCCCAGCUAAAAAGACACGCCUCCACUGUGAUGUGGACAACAACCUAAUCACCUCUACCCCGAACACAAACACCCCACGGAGGACUGUGAGCAGAAUCGGCAAGAGGGAAACUGUCAAUGGACAAGCAACUAAUCAUGACAGGAAUAAGGAAAAGCCCAACGGUAGUUUGGAGGAAGCAACUGCUGUUGACGUGCCCACCAGCGCUCCCAGAACAACCCUCCUCGGGACCAUCUUUUCCCCAGUUUUCAACUUCUUUUCAACAGCUAAAAAUGCGUCUUCAGGCUCAGACUCCCCUGACCAGGCGCUGGAGGCCGAGGAGAUAGUCAAGCAGCUGGACAUGGAGCAGGUGGUGGAGGCUCCCAUCAGCAUAGCUGCAUCCACACAGGAAGUGUGUGCCACCACUAACUUCUACUCCAGUGCAUCCCACCUGCCACCUUUACGACCUCCCAACAUCCUUGAGGCGUGCCCCACAAUGGAGGAAGGGGGGCUUGAUGCUGACCUUCCCCCUCUCACAGCUCCAGGCUCCAGUCCAGAGAUGACAUAUGUGGAUGUUCCUCCCACCACAGUCCCACCAGAGGCAUCCUAUGAGGAGGACUGGGAAGUCUUUGACCCGUAUUUCUUCAUCAAGCAUGUCCCUCCACUGACGGAAGAGCAGCUCACCCGUAAGCCAGCCUUACCACUGAAGACGCGCAGCACGCCUGAGUUCUCUCUGGUCCUAGACCUGGAUGAAACAUUGGUGCACUGCAGUUUAAAUGAAUUGGAGGAUGCAGCACUUACUUUCCCCGUCCUCUUUCAAGAUGUCAUUUACCAGGUGUAUGUGCGUCUGAGGCCGUUCUUCAGAGAGUUUCUUGAGCGCAUGUCUCAAAUAUAUGAGAUCAUACUUUUUACGGCCUCCAAAAAAGUAUAUGCAGAUAAACUGCUCAACAUCUUGGAUCCUAAAAAGCAGCUAGUGAGACACAGGUUAUUUCGUGAACAUUGUGUCUGUGUCCAGGGAAACUAUAUCAAGGACCUCAACAUCUUAGGCAGAGAUCUGUCAAAGACCAUCAUCAUCGACAAUUCACCACAAGCCUUUGCUUAUCAGUUGUCCAAUGGGAUCCCCAUAGAGAGCUGGUUCAUGGAUAAGAAUGACAAUGAGCUUCUCAAGCUGGUGCCCUUCCUGGAGAAGUUGGUUGAGAUGAACGAGGAUGUGCGGCCCCAUGUUCGAGAGAGGUUCCGGCUUCACGACCUGUUGCCUCCUGACUGAAUUCACCUCCAUUGUCUCAUAAGGGGGACAACAUGAAAAGACUGCGUGUAAAAAGCCUCUUUGGAUUACAAACUGCAACAUUGCCAUUACUUUUAAAAUUUUAGCCUUUUUUUUUCUUUUUUUAAAUCCACAGUUGCUUUCUUAAACUUAAAAAAAAAAAACGAAAAAGAAAGCAUUUUUAAGGAUGUGUGUGUAUAACUUCCAAAACAGAAAAACAAAAAAGAAAAUUUCUAAAGGCAUUGUUGAAAUUACACACACACACUGCAAACAAGCCAGAGGAGACUCCUCUUUUUGAGCGACUCUCCAGUGGUGCAGCCAGAUAUCAGCUCCACGUUAAAUUUUGAAGUUUUGGUGCUGGUUUAGUGGAUAUGACGAUUCCGACUUGUAAAGAGGAACUCCAUCCGGACAGAGUCUCUAAACUCUAACCAACCCCUCGCCCCCUCUGGUGCUCACGUUGUUGACACUGAAAUGACACUCUACUAUGACGCUACAGAACAUUUUCAGCAGGAAUGGACUCGACUGGCCUGUAAACCAGUCCGUGUAUGUUUGCUCCUUGAUACAUGCACACUCACUGAGUCGAUGCGCAGGCAAGCCUAUGAUCUGUAGCCAUUAAAAACAUGCAUUCCUCUGUAGCUCUGUCAAGUUUCUAUUGUUGGUUGAGGUUAUUUUUGGUAAAACUGGUCUUUCUUUUUUCUCUUUUUUUUUCUUUCUUUUUUUUUCAAAGAUGAUGGUGUUUCAACGAUGUUUUAGUGUGUUUGUAAGAUGUAUUUUAAAAGGGGUCAUGUAAGUUCUGGUGUAGUCUCUUGUUUUUUUUUUUGGUUUUUGUUUUUAUUAGAAGAACAUGGGUGCGACAUUGACGGUCCAUUGCAUUGAAUGAAAACGAGUUAAUCCAGAACUUUUAGAUUAAAAAAAAAGUGUUCUCAUUGUAAUAGAUCAGAUUUAAAUUGGUGCGUUUGCUUCACUGUAAAGUCAACAUUACUACUUAAUUAAACAUGGUUAAGAUUUUUUAACUCUUAAGUCUGACAUUGUAAUGGUUAGAGGGCAUUCAUUUUCAAGGUGAUGUAUCAACUUUUUUUUCCUCAAUAGUAUUUGAUUUGUCAUUUGUCUGUAACCAGUAUUGUCCUCUACUCCUUUUAUCAAGUAUUCUGGCUAAAAGCAGCUCUGUUUCUUUAAAUUGUUUCCAGAGAUUUGAUGGCUGUGUCAGUAGCAUCAUGAUUAAUGUAGCACAUUUCUGCCAGCGUGUGAACAAGUCUGCCUUUGGUUGAAACCUCUGGCCAGAACCUGUACCAGCCAUGCCUGGCACCAGCAACUUGUGGUUUACUGUCAGCUUCUGACUGCACUUGUACUCAUCUGUUUCAGACAGCUGGAUUAGAACUUCCAAGUGUUUUUGUUAGUUUUUUUUUGUUGGUUAAGAAUGGUAACCAUAAGAAUGUGUCUUUGCCCAGUUUAAACCUAAAAUCAAGCCAAACAGACACUUUGCUCCUUAAUUUAUUUGAUAGUGUGACAGGUGGGAGGCAGAGAUGUAGACAUCGGCAACCCAACGAGUCUGAGCCUGGGAAGUGAACUAACAGUCAGUCCUAAAAGGUUGUUCUCCAUAAACACUCAAAUUAGUGAACUUUCUGAGUUCGUACUUGUAUCAGAGUACAGUUUACAUCAAAGCAAAUGUGAGUGCUUGGGUUUUCUGUAGAAGGCCACACUAUUUCUGUCCUCACAUGUUCCUCCUUAACGGCAUUUAUUGUGCGCUCACCUAUUAAAAUUGAUGGGACGAGACAAUCAGACCUCCAAAGUUCUACAGAUAUUGAAAUAUAGCUGUUGUCAUCCUUGCCCUAUUUUUUUUCCCCUUUCAUUUGUAAGCUGUUCUUUGCUGUAACUAACGGUUUAACCCCAUGUGUAUAUUUGCCAUGUAAACCUCGCUCUUCCCAAAUGACCGUUACAGCACAUUUAUGUCUGUUCAAGUUGCUUCCAUCAGCACAACGUUUCCUCUUUGCCUUUUCUGAUCACAAGUGAGUAGCUUUUCAAAAAUUAGAUUCCAUUUUCUUUAAACUGAAAUUGUUAAAGGGCACAAUGGUGUUUACUUAGAAUGUUUUGCGUACACAUGUCCUGACUAUGAAUGUAAAUUGUACAUGGGGUAAAGGCUCAAGUGUCUUUCCAAAUUCUAUUAUAGUUUAUGACCGCAUCAGCUUAAAAAAAAAAAGAUUAAGAUGGCAUGUAUGUUUUUCAUUAUUAAAGAGAAUAAACAUUG